GAAAUAGUGAAUCGGAUAGGUUUGGCGGCUUUACAUUAUCAGUGGAAUUCGUUGAUUAUAGCGCGAUCGUCUGUUGCAUCUUGUACCUGCUUCCAAGCUUUCAAAGAUGGCUUUCAUGGAUUAUAUACGCGGAUUCGGAAUGGCAAUGAUGAACAACAAGCUGAUCACGUUCCUGUGCGUGGCGGUGUUUGCAUUCAUGAUUGCUACCAUUGCUCUUGCCGCCGAGAACAACAGCAAUGCCGAUUUGCUGCAGGACUGCCAAGCUAGGCUUUACACAGCAACGUCUACGCCAGCGCCGGCAACAACUACGACUACUGGGGACACAGGAAGUACAGACACUAGUCCCAAGUAGUACAGCAGAAAGUACAACAGAGGGCACAACAACAACCACAACAGAAAGCACAACAACAACAACAACUGUAAAUCCAACAUCGGAUCCUGGUAAUGGAGUUCGGAAUGGAUUUGAUCCAGACAAAACUAACGAGUUUGUUGUAUUCUCAUGAAUGAUUUCUGAAGUGAAUGAAAAUCUCUAUGAAAAAGUAGUUUUUGUUUUAAGCCUUAGAGACGCAAAGCGCUGAUAUUUCAACAGGGAGAUAUGGUCAACACAUGUAUGAUACAUUUAAGUUAUUUUAGAAACGAAUAAAAAUCAACCUAGAUUCCAUGUUUCAUCAUUUUACUUAUUGUAUUGAAAAAACUAAGCAGUAUUACAGAGUUUGAUCGUUGAAAUGUGAAAUUUGUAAGAGCGAGAGGAAAACACACACCAAAUUUUUAAAUGAUGUAAACCAGCAACAAUUUACUGGUUUUUGUACCUUUCAUUUUCCAGCAAAAUUUCCAGCCAUUUGAAUUGCUAAAAACGAUCUGCGAACUCAAUUGCUGGAAAUCCAGCAACUUCAAUUGUUGGAAACCAACUAUUCCAAUAGCGCGGAACCAUCGACCGCAAUUUCUGGAAUAUAUAGAACUCUUUUUAUAUAAAACAAACGGAAAUUUUUGAGAUUCUUAAUUAGAUUUUAAGUUUAAAUUUUGUUAUUAAACCGUCAUGAUAGUCAUAUUUAUAAAAAGAAUUGGGUUUGUUUAUAAACCACGAACCGCGAAAAGAAAAUCGAUUGGACGUCGUUUCCGAUGCCGCACAAGCUUACGAGCGGAGUUACAGUGCCUUUUAACCCCUAAAU